CUUCAUGUCCACCGCUGCUAAAUUUUGCCGGCUCUCUCCGAAACAUUCGGAAAUCGUGAUUGAUGAACUCCUUCGCUCCAAUAACAUUCUUUCUGCCCGCUAUUUCAUGACAGUGAAUUGAUGCAAUCCCACUUUUUCUUGGCCCUUUCACUGGCUGUCAAAUUACCGACGGCCAUUCUUCUGCAACGAUUUGUCUAUAGCGAAUACGCGGCGGGACAACUAUAGAACGCCAAGAUGACCACUGCCGCGGGUCAGUACGACGUCAAAUUGUCCAGUUCCCUGUUUGCCUUCCAUCGCCAAACGCAUCCUCCGACCGGGGUGGAGUACUCCGUAUACUGUCAGUUCUACGGGCCCCACGAGAAGAAUCUGGUCAUUGCUGGUGGGUCCGUCCUCAAGGUAUAUCGCUUGGUGUAUGACGGCGUAACGUCGGGCAAUGCAAGCUCCUGCAAGAAAAAGGCCGUCGAUAAAAGCUUUACGGAAUCUCUGGCUAAAUUGGAACAUCUACAAACGUUUAACUGCUUUGGAGUCGUCGCAGGCAUGGAGCGUAUUAAGUUGUCACAGAACAGGGAUUCGCUUCUGCUGGUAUUUCGUGAAUCAAAAGUCAGUCUCGUUGAAUACGACCCCUUCAAUCACGAACUGAAAACGCUAGCGUUGCGUAGCCUUGAAAAGGACGAGUACAAAGAUGGCUUUGAGCAGAUGGUGAGUGUUCCUCUCAUCAAAGUGGAUCCGUUAAAUCGGUGCGCUGCGGUGCUCGUAUAUGGUAAACAGCUCGCGAUUAUACCCUUUGUCAAACGAGACUCAGGGUUAGCUGAUCUUGCCGAUGUCCCUCCGUCCUUAGGCAGGCAAGGGUCCCAGUUGGGACACGGCGGCCAGUCUAACACCAACAUCAGUGGUCAGCUUGAUUUUUACACCAUUCGACUUCGUGAACUAGAUGAAGAAAAAGGUGUAAACAAUGUGCACGAUAUGGCUUUUCUUGAUGGAUAUUAUGAGCCCACACUGUUGCUGCUCUACGAGCCCGUUGCCACCUGGGCAGGGCGCGUUGCUAUUCGACAGGACACUUGCGCAAUUAUGGCGCUAUCUCUCAACGUUUACCAGCGCGUCCAUCCGCCGGUAUGGUCCUACUGCAAUUUACCUUACAACUCGUUCAAGGUACUCCCUGUUCCCAAACCAAUUGGGGGCGUCCUAAUCGUAUCAGUGAACGCCCUUCUCUAUCUCAACCAGUCUGUGCCGCCAUACGGCGUGUCGUUGAAUUCGUUUACGGAAGUUAGCACAGCGUUUCCGCUAAAACAACAACCUGGAAUUCGUAUCGUAUUAGAUGCCUGCCGCUGUGAGUUUCUCGCCGAUGACCGCAUUGUUUUUAGUCUCAAGAACGGUGACAUAUUUGUGCUUACCUUAUUUACCGAUGGCAUGAGGUCGAUUUGUAAAUUCAUCUUCAAUCAGGCAGCUUCUUCCGUGCUCACCACGUGCCUCACAUUGUGUGAACCGGGUUACUUGUUUCUUGGUUCGAGGUUAGGCAAUUCGUUGCUUCUCAGGUACACUGAAACCGAUAAAGUCGAGGGAGAGGAGCCCGAAAGAGAUGAACCUGAGACCUCGAAGGUAGAGAUUAGUGAGAGUAGUAACGGUGACGGAGAACAGGGCAAUGCUCCCGCUUCUGACGGAAUGACUGACGAUGGCGUCGCUGAAGAAAGCAGAGGCCGGAUGAAUCCUACAGAAGAUGAGCACAGAGAUCGUACGGCGCCAGUCAUUGAGAACAGUAAUAAUGAUAAAGCUAAUGAGAACGCACGUAAUAACGAAGACUAUGAUGACGAACCGGCUGCAAAGAAGCAAAAAAUUGGUUCAGACAAUAUUGACGAAUGGGCUGCAUCGAACGUCGACUUUAUUGAAGACGCAUUUGAACUCAAAGUGUAUGGCCAGAGCAGUGAUGAGCCUCAAAACACGAAGCUUUACAAAUUCGAAAUGGCGGAUGCCCUUCAGAAUAUUGGACCGAUCAUCCGUAUGGCAAUGGGUGAGCCUGCCUUCCAGAGUGGGCUCUCGAAUAAAACAGAUACCGAUGUGGAGAUUGCUACCGUCUCAGGUCAUGGCCGAAAUGGUGCUCUCUGCGUCCUCCAAAGGACAAUAAAGCCGCAGGUAAUUACGACCUUCGAGUUGCCUGGCUGCGCCGAUCUUUGGACAGUUUGUAGUUCAACCACACGGUCAGCGGACUCAGAUGAGGGUGCACAUCAAUUUCUCAUCUUGUCAAGAAGCGAUUCUACAAUGAUUCUCCAAACAGGCCAAGAAAUCAACGAACUUGAUCAUAGCGGAUUCUGCACACAGUCUCCGACAAUAUUCGCUGGCAAUCUAGCGGAUGGCCGAUAUGUGAUACAGGUGUGCCCUGGAAGUGUGCGGCUCCUCGAAGGGACACGUCAAUUACAGCAGGUCCCCAUUGAUGUUGGAAGUCCCCUGGUAGCCGCUUCACUCGCGGACCCUCAUAUACUUGUUAUGUCCGCAGAUGGACUUGUCAUCCACUUGACUCUACGAGGAGAUGAUUCUCGGGGGUACAAGCUAUCUGUGUUGAAACCUCAGUUUCCUGGUGCCAAAUCAAAGAUUACGGCUCACUGUAUUUACAAGGACAUUUCUGGGUUAUUCGUCACAAAAAAUCUGAAAUUGGAAGACAUGCACAAGCCAAAGAAAAAUUCACGGAACAAGGUGAAGGUUGCGGAGGAGAAAAAGGUCGAAACAAGUGCCGACUUCGGCGACGAGGAUGAACUUCUUUAUGGAAGCUCUGUUGACAUCAAAGACCUUGUAGCUGGAGGCUUAAGUGGGGCACAUAUCGUUCCAUCUGCUCAAGGGAAAGACGAGCUAGGGGAUGACGAAGCUGAAGAGAACAUCCGAACGAUAGCGCCCGCUGAUCCGACGUAUUGGGUUUUCCUAGCUAGGGAAAAUGGGGCCUUAGAAAUAUACUCACUACCCGAUUAUAAGCUCUGUUACUUUGUCAAAAACUUCCCGCUAGCGAACAAAGUCCUCCAGAAUGCGUCGCUGCUAGGUCAGGCAACUUCAACUGUUGCCGACGUUCAGCUUCCGAAAGUCAUGGAAAUUUUCAUGUGCGCAUUAGGUAUGCACAGUUCGCGGCCGUUGUUGUUUGCUCGCAUUGACUCUGACCUGCACAUUUAUGAAGUAUAUCCGUUCUACGAAAAGCAAAAGGAAGGCCAUUUGAAGAUCCAAUUUCGUCGCUUACCUCAUGCUGUAAAUAUGGAACCUCGUCGGGUGUACAAACAAAAAGAGAAUGAUCCAACAUUGACGCUCCGCUGGAUUAGACCUUUUCACGACGUUAGCGGCUAUAAUGGAGUAUUUGUGUGUGGAAGACGGCCCUAUUGGGUUUUCAUGACAGCUAGGGGGGAGCUGCGAGCUCAUCCAAUGUUAGGUGACGGGCGAAUCUAUUCGUUCGCGACGUUCCACAACGUAAACUGUUCAAAAGGGUUCCUGUUCUUUAACAAGUACGGCGAACUGCGCAUUUGUACUUUACCUACACAUCUGUCGUACGAUGCACCCUGGCCGACACGUAAAGUUCCAUUAAAAUGUACACCGCAUUUCAUUAACUAUCACGUCGACUCAAGAACGUACUGUGUCGUGACAAGUACUCAAAAGAAGGCUACGACGCUUCCCAGAUUGGCAGGUGAAGAUAAAGAAUUUGAACCAAUUAUACGUGAAGGCGGUCGCUUCAUAGCCCCGACAGUAGAUCGCUUCACGCUCGAGCUGUGGUCGCCCGUGUCGUGGGAAAGUAUUCCAAAAACACGAAUGGACAUGGAUGAAUGGGAGAAAGUGAUGUGUGUGAAAAAUGUUAUGAUUGCGUCAGAAGGCACGACAAGCGGCGAGAAAGGUCUUCUUGCCGUGGGUACCAUCUAUAAUUACGGUGAGGAUUGCACUGCAAAAGGACGAAUCAUACUCCUUGAUAUCAUUGAGGUUGUGCCUGAACCGGGACAACCGCUCACCCGUAGUAAAGUUAAGACGAUACUCUCGAAAUCACAAAACGCACCAGUUACGGCGUUGUGCUCUGUUAAAGGUCACCUUAUGGCUGCCGUAGGUCAGAAGCUAUUUCUAUUUCAACUCAAGGACAACGACCUUGUCGGAAUGGCUUUUCUUGACACUCAAGUGUACAUUCUGACCGCCAUCUCACUCAAGAGCUUCAUUCUCAUUGGUGACGUGUACAAGAGCAUCACGUUGUUGCGCUACCAGGAAGAAUCGAAGACAUUUGCCGUUGUCUCUAAGGACACCAAGCCACUGCAAGUAUAUGCAGUCGAGUACCUCAUCGACAGCUCUCAAAUGGCUUUCCUGGUAAGCGAUUCAUUGAGUAACUUAAUGGUGUAUAUGUACCAGCCAGAAAAUCGCGAAACACUUGGUGGGCAGCGAUUGGUGCGUAGAGGAGAUUUCAAUAUUGGCUCUAGGGUGAACUCGAUGUUUCGGAUCCGAUGUCGGUUAGCCGAUAUUCCUCGAAGCGAAAGAAGACUGCUGAGCAUGGUGGAGACGCGGCAUGUCACUGUUUAUGCAUCCCUCGAUGGUUCCCUUGGCUACCUGUUACCGAUUGCAGAGAAGACAUAUAGACGUUUAUUAAUGUUACAGAAUGUUCUCAACUCGUAUGCAAGUCACGUAGCCGGCCUCAAUCCAAGAGGUUUCCGUCUUAUGCAAAGUGAAUUCAAGGAAUUAACGAAUCCACAGAAGAAUGUGAUUGAUGGCGAUCUAAUCAACGACUUUAUGGACUUGAAUUUCAACGAGAAGGCAGAAGUCGCACGGAAAAUAGGUACUACAGUUCACCAAAUCCAACUUGACCUUGCGGAAAUCGAAGGACUUACGUGUCACUUUUAGGCAUCAUUAUUCAUCGCCAUCGUAAACAGCCAGUAUUCGAAGAGAAUUUUCGUCUGUCGAAUGCAAUGUAUGAUUUUCCUAAUGUACAGUGGUCAUUUUGUCGGGUCGGCGAAGGAAUGACCAAGAUCCCAUCUGUAUAUAUUUUCGUAAAUAAAUUUCGCAUGUGUAUAUACAUAUAUAUACAUGUUUGA